GCGUUGUUCCGCUGCCGUUCUCGUACGGCCUCGAGACCGAGGGAUAAGAUGAAUCCCCGCCGCUGCAUCCGCGUGCCGUUUUGCGUGCCCCCUCGGUUCCGGCUCUCCCGAACCCCGACCAGCGGGUGCCGGAACCCCCCGCAGACCAAGCCAUGGCCAUCGCCCGCGGUCGCCACAAGGAUUCUGUCCGCGUGUGCCCUCUCGGUGGCGGCAUCGGCGUGGUGGUGGUGGUACGGCGAUCGGUGUGUCUUUGCCAGAGGCAGCGAGGACGGCGGAAGCAGCAGCAGCAGCAGCAGCCGCCGCGGCGACAGGAAUCGGUGCCACUCGGUGCCUAUCGGAAGCCUCCCGGUUGCCGACCAGAAAUCGAUUGCUUCCGCCCGAAAGUGGAAUGCUCCAUGGCAAAAGAUCGCGGAACAUUCGGCAAGCACGUCGAUGGUGGCAACGACGCACUGCUGCUCCGCCGAACACCGGAACGACGGGAAACCAAAACCGAAACCAAAACCGAAACAUCGGGAUCCACCGAGCGUCGGGAUGAGCUGCGACACCUUUUUGCCCCACAACGAGAUGAACGCCUACCUCCGGGAGACCUGCGACAUCGAGGUCGCAAUGGCCCGCGAAAGAAUGGCGAUCGAACUCCCGGGCCGAUGGCGGUAAGAAAGCCACCCGAAAAAGGGGAGCCUCGGACAAAGGCCAUCGUUGCGGGGCACCAUCCUUAACGA